AUGUCGUGCAGGCAAUGGCUCUCCUCGGCCUUGCGCCAAUGCCAAUCUAGCCUGGUGCAACAUCAACAACCACGACUCUUCUCGACGUCAGCCCCCGUCGCAGCCAUCCGCGACAUCUUCGGUGAGAGCCCGUCCGGGACGCAAGGGAGCCGGGGCCCCCGCUCAACCUCGAACGCGAACCCGAACGAGGCCCUCCACGGCAUGCUCACGGCGGGCAUGGAACGGGGUAACCCGCUGUCGGUGGAGGAGCAGCGCCGGGUGAUGGAGCAGCACGGGACGCAGGCGCACAUCAAGGACAUGCGGCAGAACCUGACGACCGACAACUACGUGCGCCAGAUGCCGCGCCGCUGGCGCAUCGGCGAGGUCUACUCCCCGCGCGACAUGAAGCCCGCCGAGAUGAGCAAGUGGCGCCAGGGGCGGCCGCCGAAGAAGGACAUGGUCGACAUCCUGGGCUUCAGCCCGCUAGACAACUACAAGAACUUCUCCCUCAUCUCCGAGUUCGUGACCCCCAUGGGCCGGAUCCGGCAUUCCAACGACACCGGUCUGCGGCCCGUCAACCAGCGCAAGAUCGCCAAGGCGGUCCGGCGAGCCAUCGGCAUGGGCCUGCACCCCAGCGUGCACCGGCACCCCGAGAUCCUGCGCCUCCGCCGCCACGGCAUGCCGGUCGCGGCCAUCCCGGCGCCGGCCGAUCCUUCGCAGAACCGGCUAUGA